UAGAAUUACUUGCAACGUAUUAAUGCCUUGAACUAUAUACCUGAAAUUUGUUUUACGACUUUCGACGUAUUCUAUGUUCUUUUACCUCUAGUGUAAACAUGGAAAAGCUCACUUUUCACCUAAAAAGAAAAUGUCUUGUCACCGCUUGAAUAAACAUGAAACAAUACUUAACAUUAGUCACACGAUUUUUUUGUUUUUCUUUUGAUUACAAUAAAGAAGGAAUCUUGUUAGAAAGGAGCUAUCAUUUCUUAGAAGUACAAAUUUCUUUUCGUCUUUUUUUCCCAUGAUAACGGGUGAUUUCUCUGACAUAGUAAAAAAAUCAAAGUUGAUCAGCCCUCCGUUCGAUAUUGAAGAAUAGAAAUUAUAACUACUCGCUCUCUCAUCUGAUCUGAAUCCGUUUGGGUUUCAUUUUCUACUAUGUACUUACUCACACAACUGUUGAUAUGCAGUUACAAUUUGAAAAUAUUUUCAUUUUAUUUUCGUUUAAAAUGAAAAUUGCUUCGAAGGUUCCAAGUGAUCUUGUGAAAGUGGCUGCAUUUCAAUAUCAAUCGCAGAAAAAAUAUGUGUGUGUUUUGGUUAGGUUGAAUUAACGUAUCAAAUAGUACAAUGAAGUCAUUGAUCACACAGUGAUCAUGUCUAGUUCCAUGUGCUUCCAGCUUGAACGAACUGAAAUGGAAAUCAUGAUAUUUUUCAAAUGGUUCGCUGCUGAUACAUGAACGUCGGGUGAAUCGUGGACCUUUGGAUGUCCAACUAAACCGACAUGACAUCGAUUGUAGAGUGUCAGCAUACAAUUUAUGUUUGCAUGUAAUGUCGAUGAUUGUUCUAAUGUUACUAAUUUGUUGCUAUGAAGUUAUCAGUUUCAUUCAGUUAUUAAGUAUGAGCACACGAUUGCAUUUUUUUUUUCUGCAUUGAAGAAUUGAAAUGUCGUUUCAACUUCACAGAUGUAAAAUGUCUGCUCGAGUAUUGUAAAGAACAUUAUAAACGGAAAAUGAAAAAUCCCAAACGGAUUCUCAUUAGUUGAAUGCCAAUUAUGUUUACAACUUUUUUUUCGAUUUCGAGAUUUUGUACUUAUUUGGCAAAUUGAAAACAGUAAAUGAAAAAUAUAAGAUAGCAUGAGCUACACCGGCUACACGCUUUGAAAACUUCCGUUAUACAUGGUGAAAAAAUGGUACUUUUUUGAAAUUCUCAACAAAUGAAAUUAAGAAAUGAAGGAAUUGUAAAAAAAAAGAUGUCAAGAGACACAUUUUUUGGCAUUCAAUUGAAAAAAAUUGCUUUUAUUCUUUCAAAUUCUCAACAAAUAAAUUAAAAAAUUGUUUUAAAAAAAGGAUAUCAAAUGGUACAUUUUUUGGCAUUCGGAUUAAUGAAAACAAAAAAAAAUCGUCGUUUAUUGGAAAAUACAAGAUAGCAUAGGCUACACACUUUGAGAACUUCUGUUAUAAUGGUGAAAAAAUUGUAUUUUUUUGAGAUUCUCAACAAAUGAAAUUAAGAAAUGAAAGAAUUGUAAAAAAAAAAGAUGUCAAGAGACACAUUUUUUGGCAUUUGAUUGAGAAAACAAAAAAAAAUGUCUUUAUUCUUUCAAAUUCUCAACAAAGAAAUUGAAAAAUUGUUUUUUUUUUUAAAAAAAUGAUAACAAAAAUAGUACAUUUUUUGGCAUUUGGAUAAAAAAAAAAUCGUCGUCUAUUGAAAAAUACAAGAUAGCAUAGGCUACAUACUUAGGGAACUUCCGUUAUAAUGGUGAAAAAAUUGUACUUUUUUGAAAUUCUCAACAUAUGAAUGAAAGAAUUGAAAAAAAAAGAUGUCAAGAGACACAUUUUUUGGCAUUUGAUUGAAAAAACAAAAAACAUUGCCUUUAUUCUUUCAAAUUCUCAACAAAUAAAUUAGAAAAUUGUUUUAAAAAAAGGAUGUCAAAUAGAACAUUUUUUGGCAUUUGGAUAAAAAAAAAAUUCGUUGUCUAUUGAAAAAUACAAGAUAGGAUGACGAAAUAGUAAAAUUAAAAUUGCAUAAAAUCUUAUUUUUAUAAUAUUAAAUCUAAAAAAAAUUAUUAAAUUUUAGGCUAUACACACUGUGAGAACUUCCGUUAGAAUGGUGACAAAAUGGUACUUUUUUGAAAUUCUCAACAAAUGAAUUAAAGAAUAAAAGAAUUGAAAAAAAAAAAAGAUGUCAAGAGACACAUUUUUUGGCAUUUGGAUUGAAAAAACAAAAAGAAAAAAUUUCCUUUCUUUCAAAUUUGCAACAAAUGAAUAAAAAAAUUGUAAAAAUGUAAAAAAGAGGAUUUUUAAAUCGUACAUUUUUUGGUAAGUAUUUGGAUAAAAAAAAAUGUCGUUUAUUUUAGGAAAGAGAAAAAAAGAAAAAUAUGAAAAAAUAGAAUAAUGUCCAAAUGCCUUAGCUUUUUAUGGCGUUUAAUGGGCGAAAAAAAAAACAUGACAACUUUGGCCAUAGCCACACUUUUUUUAGUGACUUGUUAAAAAAUCGAGAAAAAUUAUAGUUCAUUAGAAUAAAGAAACAAAAAAUGCGUCGAUGUUGGAAAAGUCAAAAAAAAUGUAAAAAGAAAAAAAAAGAUUACGUGAGUUUCAAUUUUUUGGGGUUGAGCAAGAAAAAUAGCAAAGAAAUUUUUUUUAUGUAUAAAUUUGGAAAAAAUUUGAACGGAAUUUAAAGAAGAGCCACCUUCGGUUGAACAAACUGAAACUCCAAUUGUUCGAAACCUAAGUACAAUAAAAAUUUGAAAAAAAAAACAAAAAACAGAAAUAAUAAAUAAAAUGUGUCAAUAACACUGAAAAAAUGAAAAGUGAAAAAUUCAAAUUUGGGAAAAAAGGAAUUUGAUGCUAUAUAAAUUCAAAUGAAGUUUGAUUUUAUAAAACGGAAGUUGAUGAAUUUGAGAAAGAAAAUUUUAAAAGAAAAAUGAUGAUGAAAAACCAUUUUUCGGAAAUGGCUCCUCUUUGAAGAUUUAUAUCCCUCCUCUAAGAACACCUCCGGAACCGAAAUUUUGUUUGAGUGACUUUCAACUCAAAAUGAAAGUCUCCACCUAGUUUUUGUCGUUGUCACGCACGAAGUCAAUGAAGUGGGUAGAUUUCAUUUAAAAAAUCCAUCUAUCUCUGUUCUAAAUUUCAAAAUUCGGUAACUGCUUUCAAACCUUACUAACAUAGGCCAUGACUCAUGAAUGAGUUGACAGAUCUUUGUUGGUCCAUUUUCACAAAAACCUUCACGCUGACAAUGAGAUGCGUGUGUCCUUCGUGUGCCUGUAGUACCAGGUUGGGGUUUUGAUACUUAGUUUUUUUAAUGAUAAGAAUUUUUGCGUUUUGCAUUAGGCAACAGUGUGGUUUGUUAUCUGUAAUAGGAAUUUUUGCGUUUGGCAUUAGGCAACAGUGUGGUUUGUUAUCUGUAUCUGGAAUUCUGGAUGAGACUCGAACGACGCCGUGUUUAGCAACUACAUAUAAAACUAAUGUUUUAUUCGUCUAGUUCGCGAAUGUUGGUGUGCAUGUGAUGUUUGUUCGCGAAUUCAUUCAGAAAACCAGAUAUUUAUUAGGUAUGUAAAGUAGCGAUUUACCAAUAAUAUACCUAUUAUGUAUUAUAAAUUAUAAUGUAGUUUUAUCUUCCACGAAGAAAAUUUGACCUGUAUCUCCGUGAGUUUCAAUCUUUCGUAAUCAGUAAGUUGCUGUUGCUACUAUGAACAUAUCUCCUUAUGACUCAGUGAUUUCUCAGAACAAAUUCUCGAUAGGUGAUCCGAAUUUCGUUUAGAUUUUUCAAAUCUUUUUCGGUUAAGAAUACGUAAAAUGUUAGGUAUAUUAAAGAUAUGAUUUGUAGUCAGAUUAUUAUUCUACCAGUGAAGUCCUUUUGAUCAGAUUUGUCUCAAAUUUUAAUUGGUGGUUUGAUUUUUCUGCAGAAUUAUUGAUUUUUUCUGUUCAUUUUCUUAUUUAGGGUUCCCCGAGCCUCGCCUCGGGAAACCCUAUUAAAAUCGCCACGGAUUAUCGUCUCCAUCAGGUUUUCUGUAUCCUAGAUACUAGCGCUGUCUAGGGUCGCGUAAAGAUAUAACAUACAAUUUUUAUUUUCAUUAUUUUUUUUUUAGCAGCAAUUAGUACAUCAUAAGUGGAAAGUGGAAUGAGAACGUCUGUUUGGAAAAUGUUCUUACGCUCAUCACCAACAGAAGAUGAAUGAAAUCUGAUCACUCACAAAUGUAUGCAAAUGGAUUCGUGAAGCUGAUGAAAUGAAUACAGAGCGCCAAAAUCCUUUUGUGUACUUUCACAGUGUAUCGAGCUUACAAGAAACAGCAUCUUUUCGAGUAACUUUGACAAUAUGGCGCAAUCUCUUUUUAAAAAGUAGACCGUCCAUGAAAAGAGAACAACGUCUAGUUCGCCAUCUGCGUACUUACGAUUGUUUCAAAAACGAUGCUAUAAAAUUGAUAGAGCAUUUACAAACAAAUUGCGAUGUCAAAAAAUGUCUAAAAAAUUGCUCAGAAAAGAUUUGCGAAGAACUGAAGAAUUGGAUUAAACAUUUUCAAAAUGAGAUACUUGGCGUCGAGAAUCCGGCCUGGGAUCAAUACUUACGUAAUAAUAUUGAUCCAAAUUGGUGUGUUUGGUUGCCAAAUGGUGAAAUCGAUUAUCGAAAUACAGCUAUGAACAUAUUGAGUAUCGAGGGAUUAUUAUCUGAAGAGCAGAAAUUUCUCAUCAUGUGCAAAUAUUGCAUGGAAGCUGAAAUUGAAACGUUUGCGUCCACAGUUCCUGAAUACAUCUCUGUGAAAAUGAAUUACCCUGAGAGUCUUGUCCAUUCGUAUUGGAUAUGUUACCUGAAAAACGCGUUGCAUCAAAUAUGUGAUGAAAAUCACACUUCGGUUUACUGUUUUAUGAUUAACAAUUUACCCCACGAUGGGUGGUGGUUUGCCAAGGAAUAUUUCUGGCUCCGUAUGUGCGACGAUGAACAAGAAAUUAUGGCUGCUCACUGGGUCGACGAAUGCAUUCUGGAAGAAAAUGAUCGUAACUGCAUCGUGUUGGAAAAAAUGAUUUCAUCGAUGACUUGGUCCCAACAGUACACUUUACUCGUAUUAAUGCAAAAACUCGAGACGAUCAUAGUCAACUUCUCGUUGCGUUGCUAUCCAUCGCAGUGUGCAUUUUGGGCAUGGACGAAUUUCAAAGAUCACAUAGCUCCUGAACGAUUCGCCGCCAUAGUAUGUAAUAUUUUUGAAAUGAGUCGCGAUACCACAGGUUCAUUUACCUCCUUAAUUGCAAUAUGGAAUUCAGCGUAUGCUCAUCAACGAAACUUCGUGCUUGAAACUAGAUCAGAGUUUUUAAUUCAGAUAUUUCUGUCAAGAGCUUCUUCGGGACUCCAGUGGAGAGUAGCUCCGCAAUUCUUGAACGCGUUUUUUUCGUCCAUACCUUCGGAUUUGAAGAAAAAAUUCAUUUUUCAGACAAAGAAAUUGUUUACAAGCGCGCCGUUUUAUAAACUACAUCUCUUUAAACUCGAUCUAUGGAGCAAGUUAUUGAACGCUUGUUUCCCAUGCUCCGAUGACCAAAUGGAAUUGAGAAAACUCAUCCCAGGUUUACCCACCGUGAGAGACUUCUGUUUGAAAUUAUUAUACCAGCAAAAAUAUAACGAAUGCACAUUAAAAGUAACUUAUUACUUUGAGAAUGAUUUAAACGCUGCUCGAACGUAUCAGCAAGAAUUACUGGAGGAAGUGUCACUUGAGGGAGACAUCAGUCUGAUUUUCAAUGCUUCUGCAUGGAAAAAAUUGAGUACUUAUAUCGAUGAAAUAUUUGAUCAAGGUUCAUCAUCUGCGUUAAAGAUGAAACAACAGUUUAUCACAUUGAUGGCUGCCAAUUGCAGAUAUAACCCUCGUCUCCGUCAAGGUUUUGAUGCCAUGGUGAAAAUUGUUGAAAAUAUAUUCAAGAAUGAAGAACUCGAAAAUGUUAAACGCGUGUUUGCCAAUUCGUUCUGCGCUAGUGUCAAAGAGUCGGAAUUCGAGUAUUCCUGGUAUGAAGAAAAUUGCGAUAAAAUGUUACUCCAAACGUUUAUAGAGUGGGCUUCGAAUUAACGUGGCAUUAUAACCAUGAUGUUGUGUUAUUUUUGUUAGAUUUACCAUACCCUUUUCAUGUCGUUGUGCAUGUUUUUGAUUGUUAUGUUCUGAAAAUGUUUACAAUUGAGAUGUUCUGACUCAAAAAUUUUUGAAAAUGGCAAAGCUUAAUCGAAGGAGCUCACAUAAAUACAUCACCAGUCGAUUUUUGGCUAUGUGUUUUGAAAAUAAAAUUUAAACCAAAAAGGGGAAAAAUUUUAUUGAUUUGACCGAGGAAGCUGAAAUUUGGAAUGCACCCUACUGUAGGCGGUGCAGUGUUAGAUAUUUGGUGCAUAAUUAAUACAUUUUAGCUUUUUAUGAAGUUAUAUUUUUUUGUUAUUCUUGGCCCAAAUUUGAUUUUUGAAAAUUAUCUAAAAUUGAAAAUUGCACUCAAGCUGUUGAAAUUUUGGGUGGGCAUGUAGGUAGAUAUCUCGAACCUGAAGAACCAAUUGAUGAUCACUUGGGCAAUAACGCACAUGAUUCCCUCUAUGUUCAAGGAAACAACAUACACGAUUCGUUGAUACAACAUGUAUUGUAAUAUUAUAAGCAGGGUUAAUUACUUCAAUUAUGCUCAAUUUCUUUGAAUAAACGUGUGUGGCGAUUUUGAUGUAUUACAUACUUUUAACGUUAUUGUGUUUGUUGAAACGUAGUACUCUCUAAAUUUGAAACAGUCAAUUUCACUGCUUAGCAGUCACGACAUUUUGCCUUUUUAAAGCAGUAGUUUUUUUUUACUGCAAAACAGUGAAAAAUUACUGAAUUGGUCAGUAAAAAAUCAUUUUGACUGACCAAUUCAGUAAUUUUUCACUGUUUUGCAGUAAAAAAAACUACUGCUUUAAAAAGGCAAAAUGUCGUGACUGCUAAGCAGUGAAAUUUGACUGCUUUAAAUUUAGAGAGUACACUUAUUGUGAUGUAGGUGUCUAUUGUGUAUUAUAAAUAGCGGCGAAGACUUGAAGUAUGCUCAGUUUCAUUGAAUGUACGUGUUUGGAAAUUUGUAUACCUACUUAUACUAUUUUGAACAUAGUCAAAAAUUGUACAUUUUAUUGUAAUCUAAUUUCGCGUAUACUUCCGUCACUUUGGACCUUUGCGCGAUUUUUCAUAUUUGUUUUUACAACCCUUGUGAAUUCAGUAAAUAAAGAAACAUAUUAUUUGAAAA